UAAAACUCUUAAAAUAACGAACGGCUGCUAUGUUAUGUUACUGCAAUCACCUACUGUAUAUAUAUAUAUAUAGACAACAUUAUAAUAUGCUACGUUUUCAUCGUGCACAUGGUCGAAAUAUUGAGUUGAGAGAAAAUAGACGUACUGCUAUCAGAGUGGAAAGUUUUGCAAAUGCUUUGGUAUUCAGCCACAGACCUUUAGAGCGAAAUGAGUUGUUCCUUAUUGAAAUUCAAGAUCAAGCAAUCGGUUGGGCUGGAAAUAUAAGGUGUGGGAUUACUCUACACAAUCCAGGAAGCAUUCAAAUACCACAAUAUUUAUUUCCAGAUUUGCAAAAGAUGGGGAAAUCGUAUGUUUUUGCACUAAAACCCGUUAUUGAUGAUCCUUUUAAUGACAUGGAAACGAAUAUGAAAAUUGUGAACUGGAAUAAUAGAAUGCUGCGUGGCGAAAGAAAUGGAAAUAAAAAUGUGGAGACUGUAAUAAGAAGGUGUGAAAAAAUGAAAUAUUGUGAUAAAUUUAACAAGAAACUUCUAGCGUUAGAUCCGUUUUGUAAUCCCUGUGGUAUAAACAGCAGAAUAGGAUUUUUUGUUUCACCGAAAGGCGAAUUGUAUUUUUUAAUAAAUGGACAACAGUUUGGUCCAUGUGUACAGAAUAUUCCAACACGAAGCAAUAUUUAUGCAGUUGUGGAUUUAUAUGGGGCGACAAAACAAGUACAGAUUGUAAAUUGUGGAGUUCCGUCAUUAUCAAUGUUUUGUAAGAAUUUGUUAUGGCAAUCUUAUACAGAGGAAGAACUGGAGGAUAAAUUACAAGAAGCUUGUCUUCCUAAAACACUAAAGAUGGAACUUCAGGAAUUCUAUGCAAGCCAUGGAAGUUAUAUUUCAAUUAUUUGUUCUACUCCCAUCUAAUGUAAUCCAGAGUUAUUUCUAUUGCCACUACCUGUCAACCGCUUGUGCGCUUGCAGGACAUGGAAACGUUUUAAAGACAGUUUUCACUAUUAUUUAAGGCUAGUUUAUCUUCACACUAUACAACAUUUUUAUGUCAUUGGUUUUACGCAGGCUUUGGGUUGAAGUAUCUGAAUCGUAAAAAUUAUUUCAAAGCUUUUAAUUUAUUUGAUAUUGUAAUUUCAGAUUAUUUAUGUGGAGAUAUAUUUUUCAGUUGUCCGCA